GGCCACUCCGUGAACCCCUCUGACGACCCAAUGUGAGACGCCUCCAUGGGCGCUGGCCCGUCCAGUGCUCCAGUCUCCGUGGCCCCCGUGGCUGACAAGUCUCAACGUCGCCUUGGACACCUCGCCGAUCUGACCGAAUCAGACCUGCCAGAGCGUCUUGCUCGGGAUGGGCGGCUGCUUGCAGACUUCGCCUUAUUCCUGCAGGAGUCUGGUCGGCAGAAGGAACUUUUGGACCUAUAUGCCCUUGAUCUAGCUGGAGCUGUAGAUUGGAGCGACAGUGGUGAGGCACGGCCGGCUUGUGUCCCUUGCGCCGAUAGAAGAAACAAACUCAUUGAUUGCUGUUGCAAACUGAUCGAGGGAUUGGAGUCAUCGUGGGAGGAAUAUCAAACUUCACCCGAAGGUUUGGGAAACUUCGACGAUACCCAAGAGUGGAUGCCGCACGAUCUUCCAGCUCCAGCCAUCCUGGAAGAGAUCCAGAAAAGCGACGACUCACGGAAAGUCUCCAAGGACCAUGCCAACUACGCCUUCUCUAUAGCUGCAAUGGUUGGCAUCCACGUAAGCGUGGUUUGCUCUGAUCUUAUCAUGACCUGGGCAAAUGAAGCUGCUGGUAGUGAAGAAGCCUGUGCGGAAGCAUUCCAUCAGCGCCUGCCUUGGCUGGACUUCGAAACCUGUAUCCAGGAGCAGGUCCGCCUUUUUCCUGUGCCGCCAAUUGGAUCGGCUUACAGCCCACAGACAUGUCUCGACAAGACCUUUUUCAUCGAGGAGUUUGCUCCACGUUUAUUCUCCGAAGUUCGCCGAUACUCUGGCAUCUCCAGUGCAGCCUACUUUGACUCAGUUUGCCGUACAGACUUCGAGUUUAUUGCGUUCGGCACGAACUCAAAAAGUGGCGAAUUGUUCUUCUUUACAUACGACCAUCAGUAUCUUAUCAAGACAACAUCUGAGAUGGAGGCGCAGACUUUGGUCCGAAUGUUGCCCAGCUACCUAGACAGGCUGCAGCAAGAACCCCGGAGUUUGCUGGGCCGAUAUCUGGGGCUGUACCGAGUCCACAUGGAAGGCGAUCAGUCCAAACUGUUCUUUGUCAUGCGCUCUGUCACCGCGCACAACCUGGGUAUUUCCCACACGUACGACAUCAAGGGCAGCGUACGGAACCGCAAAGCAGAGUCACAUGAUUCUGUGGGGAAGGACUUGAACUUUGAUGAGGAGAUGGGCACCUCUUUGCAGCUGCCGCCUGAGGUGGCUGCCGAGGUGGCUGAGGUCCACGAGAUGGAUUUGGAAUUGCUCCAGGAGUUCCGAAUCAUGGACUUCUCGCUGUUGUUGCAGAUUCAUGAUACGUCUGGAACUUUUCGGGAUAUCAAACCUUCUUGCAGUGUUAUGCUCAAGACGAGGGCAAAACGCUCGUGGCGAUACGGGCUACCCCUUCUCAAAUUGUCGUUUCGGAAGAAGCGAAGUUCAAGGCGUUUGAAACCUACCGUAGCAUCGUGUUCAUGUGAUGAGAAUGCUCAAGUUGCUCAAGCUGGAGGACACGAGGUGAAAGUGCGAGCCGGGUCUCAGGCGGGUGCUUGGACUCGCCAAGGCACUCUUUCAACUUUGCACAGCAGCUUCACUCCGACGCGACAAAGCUGGAUGCCGAACAACGGCACUUUGAUCCGGAAGGAUGGCACCAUGGUGUACACCAUGGGACUGAUCGACAUGUUGGUCCCCUUCACAGCGUACCCCAAAAUGCAAUAUGUUGGGAUGGAGUUCCUCACCUGUGGCCGUGGAACCGAAAGCAGCCGGGUACCGCCUGAUUUCUACUGUGAGAGACAGAUCGAGAAGGUCCACACCAUGUGCGAUCAGGAGUCGCCCUUCGAGGACUGAGCAAGAUGCAGCAAAACCAUUGCGGCCAAAAGGCUGCAAACACUGUUUUAUUGACUGCUAUGUAUCC